AUGUCAAAUUCCGCCGUACCGACAGCCAUGACGAACCACGCCGCCACGAUACCGCCUCCGUCCAGGCCGCUUCAGCCCCUGGCAGCCUGGGAGCAGCACGCCCACAACGCGUCCGUCAGGCAUCCCGUGUUCUUCACCGAGAAGCUGAGGAGGCCGCCGUUGAUUCUGAGUCCCGGGAUGGGGCUCAGUCCGGUCGCGCAUGGCUACGUUUACCAGGACGGGAGGAGGGCUGACGGGUCGUCGGCGCCAAAGCUCUGA